AUGGGUGUCGGUCGUCGCAUGAAGAAGCAGGGUCCUCCCCAACCCCUAUCUGAGGAACAUUUCGCAAAGCUCAAGCGCAAGGCCGGUCUGCCUGCUGAUCCUGUCGCUGAGGCCCCCGAGAAGAAGAAGCGCAAAACCGUCACAAGGGAGAAGGUCGUCGAGCCUAAGAAGAACGGUGUUGUCAAGAAGGAUGUUAAGAAUACAAAGGUUACCAAGCCUGUAAAGGCUGCCGAGGCGCCUGCUCCUGCGCCAAAGGCAAAUGGCAGAGCGAAGAAGGGCAAGAAGGCCCCUGCGCCGGUACUAGAAGACCUUUCCGACGAUGAGGAGAUGGAUGAUGAGUUCGACCUCGAUGAUUUGGAGGAUGGUUCAUCAGACCUCGGCGGCGCUGGACUCAAGGACGAUUUCCUCGACUCUGACAACGACGACUCUGUAUUCGACUCUGACGAAGAGGGUGGAGGCAAGAACACAAGGGCUAUGUUCUCUGAAGAUGAGGACGAGUCAGAUGCCGAGGAGAAGCUCACAGCCGCCAACAUUGAGGGUCUUACAAGGAAAUUGGAUGCUCAAAGGGCAGAGGAAGCUGCCGAGGCGGAGGCUGAGAUGGCCGAGGCGGCUCUCCAGACCAACAUCGACGGUGACAAGCCUCAUAUCCUCUCCGACGAGGACACCGACGACGAGCUCGCUACCAAGACAAACGCUCUCCUAGCACCCGACCUACAGCUUCUGCGAACAAGAAUCACUGAGAACAUCCGCGUUCUCGACGACUUUGCCAAGCUUUCCGAGGAAGGUCGCUCGAGAGCCGAAUACACGGCUCAAUUGGUCAAAGACAUUACUGCAUACUAUGGAUACAGCGAAUACCUCGCUGAGAAGCUUUUCAACCUCUUCACGCCUCGCGAGGCCUUCGCUUUCUUCGAGGCUAACGAGACACCGCGUCCCGUCGUUAUUCGCACAAACACCCUGCGCACCCACCGUCGUGACCUUGCACAGGCUCUUAUCAACCGUGGAGUCACCCUCGAGCCUAUUGGAAAGUGGUCCAAGGUCGGUCUUCAAGUUUUCGAGAGCAGUGUUCCUCUUGGUGCCACUCCUGAGUACCUUGCUGGUCACUACAUUCUCCAGGCUGCCUCAUCUUUCCUGCCCUGUAUGGCUCUCGACCCUCAGGAGAACGAGCGCGUACUCGAUAUGGCCUCUGCCCCCGGUGGAAAGACUACUUACAUGGCUGCCAUGAUGAAGAACACCGGUAUUGUUGUUGCCAACGAUCCUAACAAGGCUCGUGCCAAGGGUCUUAUUGGUAACAUCCACCGUCUGGGUUGCCGUAACGUCAUCGUCUCCAACUACGAUGCCCGAGAGUUCCCCAAGCCUAUGGGUGGUUUUGACCGUGUCCUUCUCGAUGCUCCCUGCUCCGGAACCGGUGUCAUUGGCAAGGAUCCCAGCGUCAAGACCAACAAGACCGAGCUCGACUUUAUGCAACUCCCUCACCUCCAAAAGCAGCUUCUUCUCGCUGCUAUCGACUCGGUCAACCACGCUUCCAAGACAGGCGGUUACAUCGUUUACUCCACUUGUUCCGUCACUGUUGAGGAGAACGAGCAGGUCGUCAACUAUGCUCUCUCCCGCCGUCCCAACGUUCGUCUUGUUGAAACCGGCAUCACAUUCGGCAAGGAGGGUUUCACCAGCUACAUGGGCAAGAAGUUCGAUGCCUCUCUGAACCGCACACGACGAUUCUACCCUCAUUCUCUUAACGUCGACGGUUUCUACGUUGCAAAGUUCCAGAAGAUCGGUCCCACACCCGCCAGCGCCUCUAAUGCCCGCGAUCGCACUACUGGCCCAGCUGACGAGGUCGAGGUUAUCGACAAGACACCCAUCACUACCGAUGAUGAGGAUGAGGCCGGAAAGACAAAGAAGAACGACGACUUUGGUGAUUGGGACGAAGAGGAGGAUCAAGAAUACAUGGAGAAGGGACGAAGGAACGCCAUGCGCCGAAGAGGUUUGGAUCCUAAUAGCAACAGCAAAAAGGCCAAGGCCAAGAAGGAGAAGAAGGAGAGCAAAAAGUAG